AUGUAUGAACCUGAAGAGGAAUUACUGUAUCCUCCAGGUGAGGAUGUUGCUCUUCCCCCAGCUCUUGAACGAGUGUUAAACUACAAUGAAGAAAGAGCAAAACAAAUAGGUGUUAUUGAUACAGUUACUGAACAAGUAUCUAAUGAAGCUCUAAUGAAUACUGUUAACAUUAUUAACGAAGAAGAAUAUGACCAGGAAAAAACUGAAGAAAAACAAAAACAAAAACAAGUGGUAUUAAAACUGUCUACAGAAGACCGUAAAAGAGUUAAAAGAAGAAAGAAAAAGUAUAAUAAAAAAAUGAAGAAAAAAUUAAAAACUGAGCAAAAAAAAAAAGAAAAAUUAUCAUCUUCUAAUAAAAAAAACAAAGCUGAUAAAUCAGAUAAAAUUGAAAUUGAAUAUGUACAAGAAUCAAUAAGUGUACUUAAUCUUUUACCUAUGUAUAGAUCAUAUGCUAAAGUGUUUGAGAAUUUUAAAAUUCCUGAAUCAAAACAGAUACAAGCUGGUGUUCAAGAAGACACUUUAUCCAGUUUAAACCUGAAAAAAGUACCUAAGCUUCCUGAACAUGAAGAUGAUAAUCACGAAGAAGAUAAGGAUGAAAAUAUUCUGACAAAGAUCGCUGACAAACUGUCAAAAAAACAACUUAAAAAAAUGUCUCGUUUAAGUGUGGCAGAACUUAAACAACUGGUUUCUAGGCCUGAUGUUGUAGAAAUGCAUGAUGUAAUGGCUAGAGAUCCUGAUCUUUUAAUACAGUUGAAAGCAUAUCGUAAUACAGUACCAGUACCCCGUCAUUGGUGCUUUAAGCGUAAGUAUUUGCAAGGGAAACGAGGUAUUGAAAAUUCAUUAUAUGAUUUGCCUGAUUUUAUCAAACAAACUGGUAUCAUGGAAAUGAGAGCUGUCCAUCAAGAAAAAGAAGCUGAAAAAUCCUUAAAAAAUAAAAUGAGAGAAAAAGUUAAACCUAAAAUAGGAAAAAUAGAUAUUGAUUACAAAAAAUUGCAUGAUGCAUUUUUUAAAUUACAAAUGAAACCAAGAUUAACACUUCAUGGUGACUUGUACUAUGAAGGCAAAGAACACGAAGUUAAACUCAGAGAAAAAAAACCAGGCGACUUAAGUGCUGAAUUACGUACUGCAUUAGGUAUGCCAAUAGGUUAUAAUUCUCACAAAGUUCCUCCACCAUGGCUUAUUGCUAUGCAGCGUUAUGGUCCACCUCCUUCUUAUCCAGCACUUAAAAUUCCUGGUCUUAAUGCGGUCAUCCCUGAAGGUUGCUCUUUUGGUUAUCAUGCUGGUGGUUGGGGUAAGCCUCCUAUAGAUGAACGUGGUCGUCCUCUUUAUGGAAAUGUAUUUGGUAAUCUAUACGAUAAUAAUGGAUAUGUUGCUGAAGAGCAAAUUGACAAAUGCAUGUGGGGAGAGCUAGACUCCGACACUGAUGUAGAAGAAUAUGAAGAAGAAGAAGAAGAAGAUGAAGAAGAAAUCAAGGAGACUAAAGAAGUGACUAAUGAUGUUAGUGAUAAUAUUACACUAGUAGACAAAGGUUUAGCCACACCAUCAGGCAUUAUGUCUGGACUACCUAGUGGUUACGAAACACCUGAAUAUAUUGAACUGAGAAAGCGAAAGAUUGAAUCUAAAAUGGAGAGCAGUGAGCAACAGCCACUGUUUCAUGUUUUGCCAGAAAAGAAGGUAGAAACUGUGUGUGAAUCUAUGAUGGCAUCCACACAUAUAUACGAAAUACCAACUGUAAUAUCAGGUAAAGUUGAAGUCAGUCUAGACCCAUCUGAAUUAGAAUUAACCGAUGAUAUGGAAGCUAUGGUAGCUAUGUACGAGAGAAAUAUAAAUAAUCAACAGGGCGGAAAGGAUGAUGGCACAGAAAUGGACAAGAAAAAAGGUGGAAAACGAAAAGCUGCUCAAGAAGCAAAAGCGAGCAAAAAAUAUAAGGACUUUAAAUUUUAA